AUCCAUUGGUCCAGUCCAGUCUUCAUAAAGGGAUCAAUGGCUGGACCACUGAUCUCAACCACAAUAGGCUGGAAUUAUAGAGCAUGUUUAUUUAAUCAGCUGCAUGGCUGGACUGCACAAGGCACAGCCAUUCGCCCGCCAUCGUGCAAUUUUGUCAUAGCGGCCCUCCUCAGUAGCGCGCCUUGGAUACGACACAGUACAUAGUGGGGAAGCGUCACAAAGGUUAACGCACAACGACAAGCGUGGUCUGUGCUGGGCGUGUCGCAGAAAACAACAAAUACAUGUAACUCAUUUCAGCUCCGGCGGGCUUGACUUUGACUUGAAGUUUUUAGCACGUCUGAAGAGCGCCAUCGUGACGAUCGUGUGAUCUCAAGCGACACCAGUGUUACACGCAAGGGACGCCUUGAAGGGUGCAGACCACUAAUUCAAUUGUUGUGGCAGACCUUUGAACACGUACCGGUCGCAGACUGGAGGAUGGCGCAAUGGAGCGGCUUCGGAGGCGGUAAUUAUCAUCUUCAGGACACUGAACAGAUGAAUGCCUGUUUUGCCCACUAUGACAGUGACAGGGACGGCGUCUUGAACGAGGAUGAGUUCCAUAACUUGUGCUGUGAUCUCUUCACGAUCGACGGGCGGCGCCACGUUGUCUCCAAGACCGAUUCCGUUGCCAUGAUGAAGGUCCUUUGUGGGGAUAAGGACGGUAGAGGAAUUGCCACCAAAGACUUUGCCUUUUGUUGGAAGUAUUGGCUUAAUCAGAUACUGUCGCCAAGAGCAGCUAUCUUUGUGGUGGACGUUCAGAAUGACUUCAUUGACGGUUCGCUGGCGCUACGACUCUGCUCGGCUUGCCAAGAUGGCUUAGAGGUGGUCCCUGUCAUAAAUGAGCUUCUGGACUUGACGUUUGAGGUGGUAGUUUACACGAAAGACUACCAUCCGCCCAAUCAUUUGUCCUUCUUUGACAACUUGAGCCAGAGAAAACUACACCCAUCAAGCAAGGCAAAAGCCAAUGAAGCCAAGUUACUCGACGUAGUUGUCUUCGACAGCCAGCCGUCAGUAGAACAGAUUCUCUGGCCGGUGCACUGUGUGGAGGGCACAAAGGGGGCGGAGCUUCAUCCAGAUCUGAAGAUUGUGGAAAACCAUCUCGUUCAUCUUAAGGGCACAGACCCUGACAUAGAAAGUUAUUCAGUGUUUAAAGACCAGACCCAACGCGUUAACACCGCGUUGAUAGCUGACCUGAAGGCGCGAGACAUAACUGACAUUUUCGUGUGUGGUCUGGCCUCCGAUUUCUGCGUGGGAAUGACGGCCAUGGACGCUCAACGUCUCGGCUACCGGACUAUGGUGAUCGAGGACGCCUCAAGGGGGGCCAAUUUAGACAAAAUCGAGGAGAUGAAGCAGGGAUUGCUCAGGGCUGGAUGUGUGAUCGGUCUUGCAUCAGAGGUUCCGGCGAUGCUGUCGGGACGGACAAGACUCCCUCAGUUGGGCCUGGUAGCAGCGCACAAUGCGGCCCAAGCCAGAACGGCACAGCCCGCUGGACACCCCGGACUGGUCAAGGUGGACGCUAAACAGAAAAAAAACAUGGCCGCAAACGUUUGCCCUGCUACGUUAGAAAAUAAUAACAUAAGCAGCUUUUAGGGAAGGGAAGGAUUUCAAGAGAAACGAUUUUUGCCGGAAAUGGUUCCUUUUUAUUCCAACUUUUUUUUCAUACUUUUUUCACGUUUCAUACUGGUGUGAUGAUUUUAUUAUCAUUAUUUAUACAACUGUUCAUCCAACAGCGCAUUUAGCGCCAAUUAAAGUAUGAUAAUGAGUGAAGAAGACAACGAAAAAAUGUUGUUUUAAAGGUGGGAGGAAAACCCCACAUAAAUGUUUCGGGGAAAACCCACUGAUUCAGGUAGGGACUGAAAACCCAAUCCACAGGUGGACCAAACCAGAUUCGAGCCCAGGCCCCACAGGUGGAAGGCAGGGAAAGAAACACUACGACAACUUGGCUCCCCAACCUGACUUUUAAGAACACCUGUUGUCCAAGUGAAUGGUUUUGGCUUCAGACAGGCGUACGCAGCACUGGAGAUACAAAUAUACACACACAAAUCGCUUCUUGCAUCGUCAUUUCUCUCUACAGCGUUCGUAAUGGAAAUGGAAGUGACUUUUUAAGCUGUAGUGCAGUUUUCGGAAGGAGAAAACGGGGAUUGUAAACCAUGUUCUUUAUAUAAAUUCAAAUUGAAUAUAGUUGGGGGAGGGAUGGGGAAAAGUGGGGAAUGACUUGCUUGGCCACGAAAAGACUUUACAGGUCGAUGUUUAUGAUGAUGAUGCACAUCGUUAAUAGGUAUUCAGAAUGUCACAUUUAUGAGUUUUUAAUUUGUUUCCUUUUUGAGUGAUAUUAAAUGGAUUUCAGUCGUUGGAAAGUCUGGAAAAUUCUUUACAGUCCAUUUUGUUUUAACUUUAAAAAGUGGUAGAUGAUCCAGUAGCCAAUAACCUCGUUUCAGAUGUCGCUCUUUUCAAGUGUAUGGGUGUGUGUGGGGGGGGGAUAUAAACCCCCACCCCCAGGGAUUUACGCCUAUGGUCACAUCGAACCAAACUAGUUACGUACAUGAAAAACUCGACCUAUGAAACAAGAAGGAGCGACCAUUGGCGCGGUGCGUCGAAAGAUCGACUCUUGCAGUCGGUUGGAACGACCCUAGAACGCUUUGGUUUCAGAUGUGUCAUUAUUAUGAUCAAGACUCAGUGAAAAUUUUGUUGAAACAUGUAUAAAUUAAGGAGAAAAUUCGACCUUUUUAGAAUUCGAAAAUCAACAGCAGCAUGUACUGCAAACGUCAUAAUAUGGGCAGAUAAAUACAUAUAUCUGUAAAAGGAUGUUGCUAAUAUAAACAUGCAAUUUUCUUGAAACAUGAAAUUCUGUUAUUCAGAAAAAAAUUGAGAUUGCAACAUUAAUUGGUGUACUGAUUUUUGUCCGUAUGUCUGUUUUCCUUUUAUACAACAAAACUUCAAAUUCGUUGCUUCAUCAAUACAGCCUUACAAUUUUGCUUGUCAGCCUUCAGGUUUGCUUGUAUUUCUUGUGCCUAUUUAUAUAAAUAAUUGUUCAUCGUAUUUAUGACUAUAUGAUCAUUUUGGCUCUGGGUUUGCUUGCCAGCUCUGUGUCCAUAUGUUCAGAGAAUUUCAUCAAGGAAUCACGCCGCAAGAAGCGAGUUGUGUGUCGAUUUGUCAUCCUAUUUUUCAUCAUCUGUGUGCAACUUUAAUUAUGAGCCUAAAAUCUGUUUGGAUCUACCAAAGUCGCUCAAAAGCCUAUUUGACUCAGUGCGAUUCUGGUGUACAUGUCAUUCAGGUUGGAGGAAGGAUAAUUCUGCAUUGUGCUGCUAUUUCAUUGGAUACUCAAAAUAGAUUACGUGUAUAUUCAUGCAUGUGUCCAAGUUGAGUCGGCGAUCUUGAAUUGUCAGUUACGUAAGACUUUUAUUUUGGGAGCCUCAAGUAAAAAAAAGUGACGAAACAAAUUUCAAUACAAAUUCAUGUCAUUUUUAAAAGAAUAAUUUAGAGUAAGUAAUGUUUAAAUAUUUUUUUAAAAGGAAAGUGGAGUUUGGAACCCUAACUGGCUGGCACUACCCUAUUUACAGCUUACAUAUACAUUGAAUAUAAUAGAUUCAGGGAACAAGAUCAAAAUGGCUUCCCGUGAAUAAGGGUCUGUUGAAAGUUAUAAUGAUGUGCUGCACAGCUGUUGAAGCUGCAGGGAAGUGCGCCGUUCCAAAUCCAUUUUCGUUUCAUCCUUUUCACAUAUUUUAACCUGCCUAGCUGUUUAUGGGGUAUGAUUACCGAGACGGGCUCUACGGUGUGUGGUAUAAAGUACUAACCUGUAAAUAUCAUUGCUGUGGUAUAUUUAAAUGAUAUAGUACCUGUGGUAUAUUGAAAGGUAUUAAAACAUGAUAGAUAAAUAGAGUAAUG